AUGACGAACUCUUGACAGACAGUCGAUUUCUGUGUGCUAUAACAUGAAUCGUUGAACUUUACCGGGCUUCAGCGCCUUAAGUAGACUUUCAUUACACAUCCUGCUUAUAGUCUACAGUACAAUGUACUGGGUUUGUGUGGUUUUUGGUGUUUUAGCGGUGGAGAAAGCCGAGGAAUGAUCUACACAUCCAUGGCUGUCGUCAAAGUGAAGAUUUUGGGAGUAUUGUUGAUGUUAUCRCUAGGUUCAUCGGUUGUGCUUUGGUGGGUUACUCCUCCGGUCCAUCACUCACAAGGUGACGACAUGCCGCAGCUCCACUCUGUUAAGCAUGAUGACACGAUAUUAUGGGACAGAAUCCAUUCCUUACAAUCUGAAAACAAUAAAUUAUUAAGUCAGAUUAAAAUUGCUAACCAAAGACUUCAUGAUGUCAAUAAACAGUUGAUGAAUUACAAGAAUAUGAAUCAAGAUGAUACAUAUUGCUGUAGUAUGUGCUGGUCAUGAUACCACAAGACAAGCAAUAACACUCAUUAAGUCYAUUAUAUUCUACCGUCGCAAUCCUCUUCAUUUUCACUUUCUCUCRGACACAGUAUCUGAACUUAUUCUCUCAACAUUGUUUAAAACAUGGCAACUACCAGCAGUUGACACAGAUUUUUAUCCCAUAUCUAAAUUACUGGAUAAAGUCAAAUGGGUCCCCAACAAACAUUAUUCUGGYGUGUUUGGUUUAAUGAAAUUAGUCCUGACAGAGGCGCUGCCUGAAGCACUUGAUAAGGUUAUAGUCCUGGAUACAGAUAUUAUAUUUGCAUCCGACGUCGCUGAAUUAUGGAGAUUUCUUGAUAACCUSACAGGAAUGAAAGUGAUAGGUUUGGUUGARAAUCAGAGUGACUGGUAUCUUGGUAAACUAUGGAAGAACCACAAGCCCGAUAUAUUCAAUGCUGUGAUAAAAAGCCGACCCCAUAUAGUCCACACACUUCCUUGUGUAUGGAACGUACAACUGGGUGACAACACAAGAAGUGAGCUAUGCUACUCCAAGGUUACAGAAUUAAAGAUAGUACACUGGAAUUCUCCCAAGAAAUUGUUGGUCAAAAACAAACAUGGAGACUUCUUUAGAAAUCUUUAUCUUACAUUUCUUGAGUAUGACGGCACUCUCUUGAGACGUUGGCUUUUCCAUUGUGAAGAAUCCCAAUCAGACCAGCAACACAACAAUACAUUGUCAUCCAGUGAGAUAGGUGUUGUUACUAAGGUACCUGGUGUCGACAGUGAGGAUCCAUGUUACGACUUCAAGCAACAACAUUUCAUUACUCACAGAACUCAUCUAUACUACCUCAGUUAUGACUUUAAUACGCCUGUAGGGGAUUAUGAUGUUACACUUGUUGCACAGCUCUCUAUGGAUCGGCUUCAGAUGGUGGAGGCCUUGUGCCGCAACUGGGCAGGUCCCAUAAGUUUAGCUAUGUACAUGUCCGAUAGUGAAGCACAACAAUUCCUGAACUACGCACUCAACUCACCGCUGUUAAAGUCAAGAAACAACGUUGGUUAUCAUAUCGUGUUUAAAGAAGGGCAAUUCUACCCGGUGAAUUACUUAAGGAACGUUGCUCUAGAGAACACACGGACACCGUAUGUAUUCUUGACUGACAUUGAUUUCCUGCCAAUGCCAGAUAUGGACACUUACAUCAGACAAAUGCUGAAGUCAUCCAACACGCCAAACACCAAGAAGGCUUACGUCGUGCCAGCUUUCGAGACGCCACGUUAUAAGCUGAAUUUUCCUCGAACAAAACCGGAGCUUCUCUCACAGUGGGAUCUCGGCAAUGUCUUUACUUUCAGGUCAAACGAAUGGAGUAAAGGACAUGCUCCUACUAACUAUGCUAAAUGGAGGACAGCUACCACACCUUACACGGUCCAAUGGGAGGAGGACUUCGAGCCAUACAUCGUUGUUCCACGUAACAUCGUACGUUACGACACGCGUUUCGUUGGUUUUGGUUGGAAUAAAGUAUCCCAGAUCAUGGAAGUACACGCUCAAGGGUACGAGUUCGUUAUUCUACCCAACGCUUUCAUCGUCCAUUUACCGCACUCCUUAUCUUUUGAUAUAUUUAAAUUCCGCUCAAGUCAACAAUAUAGAAGAUGUAUCAAAGAACUCAAAGAAGACUUUAAAAAAUAUCUUUUCGAUAAAUAUGGACAAGACAGAUUCCCGGCUUUAGAGUUUGACAGCUAACAAAAGGUUUUAAAUAUUAUUGCUAUUUAUAUAGAACUAUUUUAUAAAUUGAACAUAGUUCAUACUAGACACUAGCAGAAACUACAUAUGUUGCUAAUAAGGAGCCCUUGCUACUAUCGGCCUGCGGCUAACAACGACUGUCCACGCUACUUAAACCUUGUAUCCGCAUGCGCAAAUCGUCGCCGCAGGCUGAAAGUUACACGGGCUCUGAAUACGAAUUUUUUUCAACCGACUCCAGAAGCGUUUCCCGAGAUCCCACAUUUCGCUCUACGUGUUCUUCAUGAUAUGUAAGGAACUUAAUUUUGUUAUAAAUAUUCUCGUUCAAAWGUUAAAAUGUACAGUUUUCUAUGAAUCAGAAUCAAACGAAAUGAGAAUGUACAAUGAAAUUUUUAUUGGAAUAAUAUAUUUGUUACUGUUGAUUUGUAAAUAAACUGAGAUGUUUUGAUAAAAAUGGUA